AUGGCGCAAGACGAAGCAAGCACCCCAGCACUACGUGUCCUAGCAGCGGACAACAAUUCCGUUUCAGCAGCACAAGCCAUCGCCAAUGCUGCUCUCACCGAAGCCUUGACAACUCAUCAGCAUCAACAACAACGUCGCGAAAAAAACUCCAACGCCGAUGCGACAACAACAAUCACCGGAGAAGAAGGCCAAGAAGGCGACAAUGGAAACGCCACCAACUCUUCCUUUCCGCGUUCUUCGCAUGCAGUUUUGCGCAAGAAACAAUCAUCGAGAAACCAUGGCGACGACGACGACACGGACAAGAACAAUGGAUAUUAUGAAGCCAAUGACGACCAUUCGGUGUCCGACAAAAAAGAGAGUGGCGGUGUCUUGUUACAAGACAAGUUGAAGACUAUUUGGAACUUUAUCGAUGACAACAACGAGGAGGAUGAUGCCGAAGCUGUGGAUCUGCACCAGCACUUUGAGGAAGCAUAUCAAGCCACCUUGUCACUCAUUGUGGAGCAGCUCGACUCCAUCACACAGGAAGGCAUGCAAGCCUUUCGUCAAUUGGCACAAGUCAAGCGGGAAUUGACGCUCUCCAAGGACUUGGUGGAUUCCAAAGAACGAGAAUUGAAGCGAUUGCGGGACAACGAAGCCCACCAACGAUCCACUAUUGAGAACCUUGUGCGAGCCCUUGGCAAGACCAAACGAGAUGCCAAUGACGCUUCCAAAGCCGCCAUGGUCGAGUCCCAGUUGCGCUCCGAGAUCCAAUCCUUGAUGACCGCAAAGGACAAGGCCGUGGAAGAUGCCAACGAGUCCAAGCGCAAGCAUGAGCUCUUGCAAGGCGACCUGGAACAAACCAAAACCAAACUUGCCAAGGUGGAGCAGGACAAGGUCAAGCUCGAACGGGAUCGAAAUGCCACCAUGACGUGGGCUCGGAGUGUGGACAAUCACGUCAAUUCGGACAGUGACUUUUACAAGCGAAAGGUCUCUGAGCAGAAUAUUCAAAUCCAGAGUCUCAAUGCAGUUGUCCAUGAGAAAACUUGUCAAAUUGAGGAUUUGCGGCGGCAGUUGGAUCGAUCCAGGAGCACGAAUCGACUGGCCCAGUUGGGAACAUCGCAGACUACUGCGAGGGGCACUGCCAAGAAGGCACGAAAGCGAUCGUACUAG